AUGCUACGAUCAGCCCACGUUGUACUUCGACGCUACAGAAGCACAAGUGGUGGACUUAAGCAUAAGAGGAGCCCGAAGGCGCUCUCAAAGGAGGCUAUAGCGGUCACAAAGGAGGUGAUCGAGGAGAACUCCACAAAAAAAUACUAUGAUCCAUCAAAUGUAACGCUCGAUUUCUCCCUAUCGAAUUUGCAGCUUGUGGCAAAGAUCGUUGAUGCAAGCAACGAUAGGGUAGCUAAGCGGCUCGAGGAGCCUGCUAAAGAGUGGUCCAAAAAGCAUCCUAUAGACAUGAAGGAUACUCUGAGAAGGUUUCGAAAGAUGAUUUUUGGCGGCAGGAUUUCCCUCAAAAAGAACCUAUCUCCCCUCGAUGUGGGAGACUUGGUUCUUUUAGAUCGCCAGAGUACGCUUCUACACUUGGUUGUGGACAAACCUCACGACUUGAAGACUUCCACCUAUACGUUGGUUAACCACGAGGGAGAAAUCAUGUAUGCCCACAGAGACCAGAUAAAGCUACGGUUGCCAGAGGUGGUAUCACGUACGCGUCUUCGGCCCCUUCAGAUAGUGCAGCUUGAAAAAAAGCACCGUGGGCUCGCUCCAAUCGGCAUGCCAGACUCUAAAUUUUCCAGGUCGCCAGAAGCGUUGCCUGAAGGGUUAGAGGUGGGCUCUACUAAAAGUGAUUCUCAGACCUCUGAUUUAGAAAGACUGACCACAGGGGACGACUUUAUCAUGGCCCAGGCGGCCUCACAAUUACUCACAGACACUGACGUGAAGACGUACGUUGUUCCCACGCCGGCGAGACUGCUUAUUUCGCAGCCACUUAUAGACACUUCAAUUGCAAGUUUUCGAAAGAUGAACUCAUUCACGAGAUGCCUCGAUUAUAUCCACAAGAUCUUGCAGUAUGACGAGAACAACAAUAUCACAGCUUCAUCACGCACGAUUCCGAUCUUUGAGCUUUUUGAGUACGUAUCGAAGUUUGAGCAUAGGUUUAAGCAUCUUGAGCAUUCUGACGGCCAAGACGAGUUCCGCAUAUUGAACAGUCAACUAGGUUACUCUGGUAUUGACGGGGCCACCUUGCUCGGAAAAAAGUUUCCUGAUCUGUCCAAGAACGACUUCGCAGAUGUUGACCAUUCGCUUAGCUCCUACCUUGGCUUUGUCGUGUCAUUGUCGCAGAACCCUAGGAAGUGGAAGAUUAACUUUCACCAUAACUCGAAAGUGCCAUUAAGUGUCGAUGUAUUGCCGAUCUCUAAGUCUAUCGAGGUUGCCGAUACUCUUGAAUUCUUGAAGGAUGAUGGCAUCAACGCCUUUACCCAGUUCUACGUUGCCUAUUGUCACAAUAAGAGGAAUCUUAGUAAGCCUCCUCAGUACAAUGAGUUGGUAAAUUUGCUCAGGGACUUUGUUGCCGGGAAUAUUGUCGAAGAUCGUAUGCUAGAGAGCGUUGUCAGCAAUCUAGUGAGAAGUAUCGAUGAUGUACUUGAAAAGGAAGGGCUCAAAACAAAAGAAGUGUUGCCAUAUUCCUUUGAGUAUUCCAAAAGCAGGGCGUUGGAGAUUCUCUCUACGUUGAACAACGAUCUCUGGUGCAAUCCAAGCCAAUGGUCUGUUUCGCUUAAUCUACCAACAACUGAUACCUCUGCAGAAGCUGACAUGGCUAAGAAAUACUACGACUUUGUUGACGAGGAAUUCACUUCCAAAGAGGAUUUUGACAAGGCUUUAAGCGGCAAUUUCAUCCAAGAUGAGGAACGCGAUAUCCAUUUACAAGAGUUUAAUGAUGAAAUUAUCUCAACAAACAAGACUUCCAGCUUUGAGAGCUGGAUAACAUCCGAUUUUCACAAAUCUGACCCACUUCAAAGCAUCAGGGCCGACUUCCCAGCAGUACCCAUCUAUUGCAUUGACUCGGCAGAUGCGCAUGAAAUUGACGACGGUAUUUCUAUCGAAGAUAAAGGCCGAUACUUCCGAUUUACCGUUCAUGUUGCUGAUCCCACUUCUUACAUCAAGCAGAAUUCCAUUCUUAGCCAGGUAGCUCUCAAGAAGGGUGCAACUGUUUACCUUCCUGAGGGUGCUACAUUGAUGUUGCCACAGCUCAUCUCGAAAGUUUGUGGAAUGGAUGCUGCGGGAGAGAACAGGAGUUUUGCGAUUCAAUUCAAAGUGGAAAAAUCUGCCUUCAAGCGUUACGAGGAAUCGCAUAGCGAGCUAGACGGGAAGUGCAUCAUGGAUGAGAUUGUAAGCUCUGCCAGAGUAAAAUUUUUCAACUUCAAAGACAAUGCCGUCUGCAUCACCUACGAGCAAGUAAAUCAAAUUUUGGACGAUGAAACAAACAUGAGAAGGUUUUCAAAGGAUGAAUCUGAGGUCGGAUCGAGAGAAUGGGACCUCUUCAACCUUUCUCGAAUUGCAUCUAUACUAAAAGAGAUCAGAGGGGAGCAUCUAGGAGCUUUAGACUUUCCCAACGAGUCAUGCAAGACUAGGGUUGACUACGUUCCGAGAAAGGAAGUAUGUGAGCCCUUCUUUCAGAAAACAGAAGAGGGUUUCAAAAUUGCCAUUGUCAAUGGCGAUGCUGAUAAAAUACCUGUUGUUUCCAUUCAAAAAGACUUGAAUCAAUCUGACUCGUCUAAAUCGCAAGAGCUAGUUUCUAAUUUUAUGAUCACAGCCAAUCACGCUGCUUCAGCGUACGCUCGCAAAAGAGAGAUACCCAUCAUUUUGAGAACUCAAGAAUUGAGGUUGAGCAACGCCGUGUCGAGGGAAAUCAACGAGAUUAUGAAGAGGCAAAGAGACAAAGACGGAGCGGCAAUGACCGUGCAAGAGAAGGCUGAUUUAAGGAAAUUCAUGACAGCAGCCAAUUACGAGGCCAAUUAUCGUGGUCACGAGUCCUUGGGACUCCCCAGCUAUUCCCACUUCACAUCUCCAUUGAGAAGGUACGCCGACAUGGUUAAUCACUGGAUGUGCGCUGAUUACCUUGUUAACAAGGGAGAGAUGAAAAUGAAGAAGGAUAACUUAUUCAACUUGGCCAAUCACUUGCAGAUAUGUCUGUUUGUCAAUAAACAGGCAGAGAGGUCUUCAAUAAAGUUUUGGCAAGGUAGUUUUCUCAGGUUUUACUUCGAAAGUUUAAAAAAGGGCAAGAUCAGCGAUCCUAUAGAGUUUGAGUUUUUGCUUCUAAGCGAUGCCAAGAGGGGAGAUGUUAGAUGCAAGCUAGCAUACUUCGACCUGGUGAAGGCCACCAUAGUGGCCAAUGAUCUCGUUAAGAGGCGCUUCAAUACCGGUGAGUACGAGGUUGGGCAGGUGAUCAAGCCAAGCUUCACAGUGAGGAAGAUAGACAUGAUAGAGAACGAGUUUGCAGUUGAGCUCGAAUGUACAUAG